AUGUCCAGCCCCAACACCGCCUGCUGCCGCCGGCCCCCCGUCGUCUCAGGCCCCUACACCCAACUCGGCGCCUACACCGCCCUCGGCGGCCUGAAAACCUACACGACCGGCCUGUCCACGGCCACCCACGGCAUCCUCGUCAUCUACGACAUCUUCGGCUACUACCCGCAAACGCUGCAAGCCGCCGACAUCCUCUCCGGCUCGGCCCCCGGCUCCACGUCCACGUCCACCCAGCACUACAAGAUCUUCAUGCCCGACUGGUUCGACGACGCCCCCGCCGACCUCGCCAUGUACCCGCCCGUGACCCCCGAGCAGCACGCCUACAUCACGGCCUUCAUGACGGGCCCCGCGGCGCCCGCGGACACGCUGCCCAAGAUCCCGGCGUACUUCGCGGCGAUCAAGGAGGCGAACCCCCAGAUCACGAGCUGGGGCGUCGUGGGGUACUGCUGGGGCGCGAAGAUUGCGUCGUUGCUGGCGAAUCCGGCGGCCGGGUUCAAGGCGGCGGCGAUGCUGCAUCCGAGUUUGAUGGUGGUGGAGGAUGCGGGGAAGGUGGAGGUGCCGCUGGUGGUGCUGCCGAGUGGGGACGAGAAUGUUGAGCUCGUGAAUGCGUUCAAGGCUGGGUUGACGGUUGAGAACUAUGUCGAGACGUUUACGGAUCAGGUCCAUGGCUGGAUGGCGUCGCGCGCGGACUUUGAAGAUCCGAGGGCGAAGGCGGAGUAUCUGCGUGGCUAUGGGAUCCUGCGGGAUUUCUUUGGGAAGUAUUUGUGA